AUGAAAACACGGCGGCAGCAUGACUCUGAGGAAGCUCUAACCAUUUCCCGUCGCAAUACACAAUCUCCAAACGGAAGAGCAAACUCAGAGACGAUCCCAACAGAUAUCAUUUUCGAAAUACUCUUGAAACUGCCGACGAAAACUAUAGCAAGAUGUCGCUGUGUGUCGAAGCUCUGGUCCUUGGUACUUGUCCGUGAGUUGUUCUUCUUCACAUCACCACAGUUUCAAAACCCAGAUGAGAACUCGUCUCUAGUGUCCCCUAGUUAUCAGAUGAAAGUUCCCUUUGAAGGUUUUUAUACCUCUCAAAUCUGUGGUCCUGUCGGCAGUUUGGUCUGUCUUACACAUCAACGGGUCUUAAAGGGAAGGAAGGAAACAGUACCAAUGAUAUGCAACCCCAGCACUGGACAAGCCUUACCUUUACCCAAAGUGAAGACAAGGAGGGUUAAUGUGAGAACCUUUUUUGUUUAUGAUCCCAUUGGUAAACUAUUCAAGUUAUUGUCCAUGACCCGGGCAUGUUAUGGAAACGACAAGAAGAAUUGUGAGGAGUAUCAGGUUCUGACGUUAGGUACUCAAACACUAUCUUGGAGAAUGGUUGAUUGUUGUAAACCCCAUCAUCCUGCACACGAUGGGAUAUGCAUUGAUGGUUGUUUGUAUUACCAAGCUAUGGUCGGUCUAGGUUCAGAUGUUUCUACUAUAGUUUGCUUUGAUGUUAGCUCUGAAACGUUUAGAUUUGUUAAGAAAGCUAGGGGCAUGGCCCUGUAUGGUGAUUCAGCUAUGGUAAACUAUGAGGGUAGAUUAGGUGCAAUUCAGUCAGAUGGGGCUUAUGGAGAAGUUUUUUGCCACACUAGACGUCUUGAGUUGUGGGUUCUAGUAGACGCUGAGAAACAUGAAUGGUCGAAGCUUGUAUAUGCAUUGCCUCCUAUGUGGAAGAAUGUUGUUGCACAGACUCAGUUAUACAUUGUUGGAAGGACCAGUACUAAUGAUAUUGUGUUGUCGCGGCGCUGCACAUCGGAUGUUUUCUACUACAAUUCGGAGAGGAACACAAUGAUAAGAGUUGAAUUCCAAGGAAUGGAUGUGUUUAACCAUCUUAGAUCUAGAGUCCACACCUUUCUGAACCAUGUGGAGGACGUGAAGCUUAUGCAACUGUAA